UUCUCUGCUUGAAUUUCCAACAGCUAUAUACUCACUCCUAUUAGUCUUCAUGCUUCAACAUCCCAUCCAACUUCACCCUAAUUACAAAUCCCUUUUCAACCCAAAUUAACACUUGCAAUAUCAUCAUGGCGCCUAAUAGGGACACCACAUUUUUUCAAAGCUUCACCACCACCACCAAUGUGAACCAGAAGCCCCCUAGGCUCUCCAUGGAAACCCUAAAACGUACGAUCUCAGACAUCUCGUUCGAGCUUCUCAGCCAGGAAGCCCUAGACGUCUCAGAUAAAGUAAUUAGCAACAACAACCACCACGUUUUGCCUCCCAUUUCGGAGGUGGAGGACGCUAAGUGCGAGUGUUGUGGGAUGUCGGAGGAAUGCACCCCACAAUACGUGAAGAAAGUGCGCGAUAAGUUCUGCGGACAGAUGAUAUGCGGGCUCUGCUCAGAGGCUGUAAAUGAAGAGAUGGAAAAAAACGGAGGGAAAAGGGAGGAGGCGUUGCAAACGCACGUGAGCGCUUGUGCUAGGUUCAAUAGGGUGGGGCGGGCGUACCCGGUGCUAUGCCAGGCGGAGGCGAUGAGGGAGAUCUUGAGGAAGAAUAGGGCUAAGUCACUUAGCCCUAGGGACAAGGGGGGUACCAACCAGAAGAAAGGUGGGAUUGCCAGGAGUUCAAGCUGUAUUCCCGCCAUUACAAAAGAGAUGACUGCUCCCAAAAUGGUCUGAGGAUCAUGCAUGUACGAUGGUCUUAAUUAAGUACAUAUAAUGUUAAUUAAUCAAUAAAUACAUGAACGCAGGUUGUUUUCAUAAUUGUUAA